UAGCCUGUUUGCUGUUAUUUGAGGUUCCGAUGAAAUACAAACAGGGUGUCUGGUGGAGUCAGGCUGAGCUGAGAAUUUUUAAAGCUCAGUCAUAGCAGUACUGUAUUUUUACAAGAGCUUUGGUAUGUCAAGUGUGACAAUGCUCGUGAUAGUCCUAUGAGAAAUAGCCUUAUUCUACAGAUGACAGAAACAAGGGAAGUGACUUGACCUAGGCCACACAGUCAGAAGAAGGAGAACAGGAAUACAAACUCGGGUUUCAUGACAGGUUUUUUUUUUUUGUAUUAAGAGCUGCCUGAGAAGUCAUAUUCUGUGUACAGCCCAAGCCUUGCAAUUUGUUUUGAGAACUUUUUUUUUUUUUUAGACGAUUAAACAAGUCUUGGAGAACGAGUUUUGGAACUUCACAAGGAUGGAUACUAACUAUUAUUUUAUAAAAUGUGAGUUUACUGUGUUGGAAAUAACGUGGUACUACUUUUUUUUCAAAGCGUGAAAAAUGACAACAGCAGCCAGGCCAACUUUUGAACCUGCGAGAGGUGGAAGAGGAAAAGGAGAAGGCGAUUUGAGCCAACUCUCAAAGCAGUAUUCGAGCAGAGACCUACCGUCCCACACAAAGAUAAAAUACAGACAAACUACUCAGGAUGCCCCUGAGGAAGUUCGUAACCGUGACUUUAGGAGAGAAUUGGAAGAGAGAGAGAGAGCUGCUGCAAGAGAAAAAAAUAGGGAUCGUCCAGCCCGAGAACAUACCACCUCCUCGUCGGUGUCAAAAAAGCCUCGGUUAGAUCAGAUUCCUGCUGCCAACCUAGAUGCAGAUGACCCUCUCACGGAUGAGGAAGAUGAAGAUUUUGAAGAAGAAAGUGAUGAUGAUGAUGAUACUGCAGCACUUCUUGCAGAACUAGAAAAAAUUAAAAAAGAAAGAGCUGAAGAACAAGCCAGAAAGGAACAAGAACAAAAAGCUGAAGAAGAGAGGAUUCGUAUGGAGAACAUUCUGAGCGGAAACCCCCUCCUUAAUCUCACUGGCCCAUCCCAGCCUCAGGCCAGCUUCAAAGUUAAGAGAAGAUGGGAUGAUGAUGUUGUCUUCAAGAACUGUGCAAAAGGGUUAGAUGAUCAGAAGAAAGACAAAAGAUUUGUAAAUGAUACGCUGCGAUCUGAAUUUCACAAAAAAUUCAUGGAGAAAUAUAUUAAGUAGUACAGUUUUAUGUGCUUAAUUAAAGACUGUAAAACAUGAGGGCUCA